CUUUUUGUGAUCCAAGCUAAAUGCUAAAGUAGCUCAGACGUUGGCCUCACAGACUGCAGGUCCACAAAAGACGGGGGCUAUCGCCACGGUUAACUGGUCGAAACCGACGGUUUAGGCAUCCAAAGGGGAAGAGCCAGUGGCCUGCAACAGCGUAGUUUUAAACAACAAACUUUGCUAUGGGAAAAAAGUCUCGCGAAGAGGAAUCCUCAUCCUCUGAUGAGGAAGAAUAUGUUGUGGAAAAGGUGCUGGACAGGAGAGUGGUGAAAGGCAGGGUUGAGUUCUUCCUUAAGUGGAAAGGAUAUUCAGAUAAGCACAACACAUGGGAGCCAGAGAAGAAUCUGGACUGCCCUGAGCUUAUUUCAGAAUUCAUGAAGACCUACAAGAAAAGUGGUGGGAGCUCCACACCAAGCAGUGGGGCCAGCAAAUCAAGCACAGGCUCCUUGGGACGCUCCAAAGACUCCAGUGGCUCCAAGAAGAGAAGCUCAGAUGAUGACGAGGAGGGUGGAAGUAAGCCCAAAAAGAAGAAGGAGGAUGACAUCUUAGUUGCACGUGGCUUUGAGAGAGGACUUGAGCCAGAGAAGAUCAUUGGAGCGACUGACUCAUGUGGAGACCUAAUGUUUCUUAUGAAGUGGAAAGAUUCUGAUGAGGCUGAUCUCGUGCUUGCCAAGGAGGCGAAUCACAAGUGCCCACAGAUUGUCAUAGCCUUCUAUGAGGAACGUCUCACCUGGCAUGAAGAUAGUGACAAGAAGGAGAAGGACGCUGUCAGUGCGUGAGUGCAUCACCUUAGGAGGAAACAGGACCUCCUCCACUGCAGGGACAACCUUGAGUCGGACAUUUUUCACACCCAAAACUCCCAUCCCUCACCUUUACCAUGUCCAACAAUGACGCAAAGACAGCGGACACGGCUGUGUUAUCUCCAUCCAUGCCCCAUUGGAGCACAAGGGCCCAGACUGCUGAGGAGGAUCCAUCAGACGUGAGGAGAAGCUGUAGUUGACAUGGGUGAUAAUGCUACUGGGGAGAGUUUCUACUGUUCUAUCUUUGUAUUCUUUACCUUCUUUUUAAUAUCUUAACACAUGUUUUAGUGCUUACAGGAUACGGUUAUGUUAGUAUGGUAUUCCCACUGAGAUGGCCAUCUGCUAAAACCCCAAACAUAGUUUUGAAAACCAGAGCUGGUUCAAUGUGCUGUGAACUUGUUCCGAGGUGAGUGCACAACUCCCAUCCGAAGUUCGUUAGAAACGGUGCACCUCUUUUCUUUAAGAGCUCAUUGAGGACGAGACCAUAAUUUUGAUAUUCAGGAAGCGACCACCACAGCAGCUUCCUGAUUGCAUAAUCACUUCCCUUUUUAAAAAGAAAAAAAAAACUUUUUAUCUCUUGUAGAUUUUUCAGUUUGUCCCGUCUGCAGAGUUAUACCUUCAGAAUUUGAAACGUUGCAGAGGACAAAAGCCAAAUAUGUUUUCAACAUGUAGUGACUCCCUUGCUCAUUGUUUUAAGUAGUAGUUUUUAUCUUUUGUUUUUUCUAAGUUUCAGUGUACGAAUGUUGUGUGGUGUGUUUUGUUUGUUUGUUUGUUUGUUUGUUUUUAUUUCUUCACACUAUCACCAGUUCAAGGAAAGGACAAAAGACAUUUUGCUCUGCUUGAGUCUUUUUUUUUUUUUUUUUUUAACUGCAGUGUUAUUUUUGUACGAGUAUCAUUUUCACAGGUUAGACAAUCUUCAUUAUAUCCGCACGAAAUGAAACCAGCAUUCACACCAGUCAUUAGGGUUCUGCCACCUUGUGGCGAAAAGACGUAAACCUUGACUCUGACCAAUGUUAAUGGAGACAGCCCUGCAUUUUUAAUUGUUGUUGAUCUUGUUAGUUAGUAAUACUUUGAUAUAUAUAUAUUUUUUAAAAAAACAUUAAGCAGUAAAAUCCGCUCACCAGAGUGUUCACUCUUGAUAUCAAUAUUCAUUUUAAAUAUUAAAACCAGCUUAUAAUUGGAUUAUUACUCCUGCAUUCUUUUGCGAUGAGUAACUUGAUUGUUCUCGGCUCUAAGAUUUUCAAUUUCUCUGGGACCUGGGAAGUAUGAAGUCAGUUCUUAUACAGAAGAUGGACGGGGUUGAGCUGUUGUGCUCCAGCAUGAACACUUAGGACCAAAUGUUUGGUGUCUACCGACUAAGAUCUGCUCUGUUUUUCAGACGUUUUUGGCUUUAUUCGGCAUUGUUAAUGAAGCUGUGAUCUUCUCACAUUUCAUAUACAUAGUACAUAAAUCAUAUCCCUUGAAAUCACUUAGAGUAUUGUUUUGGUGUCAUUUUCUUUCAUUCAAAAUACUUUGUCCCCAAUUUUUUGCCAGUGCAGGAUUUUUAAAAAGUAGACUAUUUCUUGUGUGAAUGAAAUGUUACAAAUAUGUGUACAGUAGCACCCUUUAAUAAACAUUUUCAAUGUUAAA